CAAACGUCAAAAUUUGUCAAUAAUACGUUUCAGUGAUCACAAUUUUUUUGCUGUAUUUAUGAUAGGGAGUAGGAUAAGCUCGCAUUUCUUUGUCUGAAAAUUUUAUGGAGAUUUUGUGUUAAACAAGCCCGUGUGUUGGUGUUCUUGAUGGUGUCCGGUGACGAUUCAAAUGGUGGCCGUUUGUCGCGUAAAACUACGAGGUCCCCGAACCGUAAGUCGAAGAAGACAGAUGCAGACCUAGCCAAGGGGUCAGCGUUGCGACAUGAUUCGCAACCUUCAGUCCAUAAAAGGAAUCUUUAUGUCGUUUCGUUCCCAAUUAUUAUUUUAUUUAACGUGCUAAGAUCAAUUUUGUAUCAACUUUUUAUAAUUUUUAAAUAUUUGUAUACGGCGUCGCAUCGGUUUAUGCACAAGCCUCGUAAGGCAGGCGAGUGUAACUUGGAAGUGGUGGUGAAGGACGGUAUAGUGUCUACAGAGCUAGCCCCCAGUGAGGAAAUGUCUCACAUACACAAUGUGGGUCCCGGAGACCCGUUGCUGGCCAAACAGAAACACCAUCACCGGAAAGCUUUUGAGUAUAUCUCCAAAGCUUUAAAAAUUGAUGAAGAAAAUGAGGGACAAAAAGAAUUAGCAAUAGAGCUUUACAAAAAAGGCAUUUAUGAGUUGGAACGAGGGAUCGCCGUGGACUGCUGGGGCGGGCGCGGCGACGCCUGGCAGAGAGCACAACGACUCCACGACAAAAUGAAAACUAAUCUAGGCAUGGCCAAGGACCGACUCCACUUCCUUGCCAACCUAGUCGCCCUCAGUAAGUUGGGCGUAGAGAGUGAGCCCGAACGGAGUGACAAAAAGCCGACGGAGUCGCCCCUAAAGGCGCGACGGCUUGAGAAGUCGAAGACAACGUUACUCGCGCAUACAGAAAGUAACAGUGGUCAAACGAAGCCUCCGAACGAAGUCGCAGGUCGAAAGCUCACGACGGCUGGUCGUCGUGUGCCAAGUGGGGGAGGUGGCGGUCCCUUAAUGAAGUCACAGACCCUGCCCCGCUCCAUGGGCAGGUCAUCAUCACAGCCCAACAGCUCCAAUGGAAGUUACAGCAGAUAUCCUGUGAAGCCAGCGUCCACACCGCCCGCCGUCAAACGACAGCUUUCUAGCGCAUACCAGGUACCUUCGAACGGGUCCCCAGUUCGCCGCGUGGUGGGGGGCGGGUCCCAGCGCGGCACCCCCACAAGGAGCAGAACGCCCCAACCGGCGCUCAGCGUGAGGGGAGUUGACCCCAAACUCGUCCAGCUGAUCCUGGACGAGAUUGUGGAAGGGGGUCCCAAAGUACACUGGGAGGAUAUCGCAGGACAAGAUGCCGCUAAGCAAGCAUUACAAGAGAUGGUAGUGCUGCCGUCGUUGAGGCCGGAGCUCUUCACUGGACUCCGGUCACCUGCGAGAGGACUCCUGCUGUUCGGACCACCAGGAAACGGUAAAACGCUGCUAGCGCGGUGCGUGGCGGCGGAAUGCUCGGCGACGUUCUUCUCGAUAUCCGCGGCGACGCUGACCAGCAAGUACGUCGGCGAGGGGGAGAAGAUGGUGCGAGCGCUCUUCCAGGUCGCGCGGGAACUGCAGCCCUCGAUAAUCUUCGUAGAUGAAGUAGACUCGCUUCUAUGCGAGAGAUCGUCGGGCGAGCACGAGGCGUCCCGGCGACUGAAAACGGAGUUCCUGGUGGAGUUCGACGGGCUCCCGGCCGCGGGAGCCGACAGACUCAUCGUGAUGGCCGCCACCAACAGGCCGCAGGAACUCGAUGAGGCGGCGUUAAGACGUUUCCCGAAACGCGUGUACGUGUGUCUACCGGACGUGCGCACCCGCAUGUCUUUGAUCCGGCGCGUGCUGGCGCGGGGCGCGGCCGCCGCGUCCAUCAGCGACGAGGAGCUGGCGCGCCUCGCCGCGCUCACCGACGGGUACUCCGGCAGCGACCUCACCGCCCUCUGCCGGGACGCCGCGCUAGGACCCAUUAGAGAGCUGGACCCUGAAGAGGUGAAGUGCCUGGACUUGUCGCUGGUCCGCAGCAUCACGUUCCAGGACUUCAUGGACGCGCUGAAGAGGAUCAGACCGUCGGUGUCACCUCACAGCCUCGUGGCGUACGAGAAGUGGUCGGUCCAGUAUGGAGACCUCGGACUGUGAAGUGGUUUUAAUACAGGUAUCAGGUAUUUACUCGAAGUAAUGGUGAGUCAUUAAAUUAAGGAAUAUAGACAAUAGAGUACGAUGUUGAUUUACAAUAAUUGAUAAUAUUUAUCAUGCAAGUAUUCAUCGCUCAAAUUUUUAUACAUAAUACGUUUAAUUUUUUAACCCUGCCUCGGUACAUUCGUGUCACACUCCACUAUUUUAUGGAUCUCCUCAAACCCACAUUCCCUGGGUGUCACCGAGGCACAAUGCCAAUUAAUUUACUCUAAAAUUGACGUUUUAAUAAAUACAAUUCUCUUUUUUUUUGUAUUAUGAAAUGAAGUCGCAUCUAGUCAAAAUUUUGUUGACUGUUCUCGCAUGAUGUGCAUGGUAGAGUAAAACAGGGGGGAAUAGAAUUCAAGGAGUGAAUAGAUACAGAAGAAAGGUGAAUAAAAAUGUUGUGAAAAUGUUCUAAAUCUUAUUCUUGUGUCUAUUCACCCUUUGAAUUCUAUUCACCCCGUUUUACCAUUACAGACGGCUUGCACAUCAAGCCACCAAAAUACUGUCAAAUGUAUGUUUUGUAAUGAAGUUGAUUCACUAAAGAGGUUCGACAACUUACGGUGGCUUGAUGUCCUCGUGUCUGCUACCAUCCCAAUACUAGUGAUGCCCAGUCGAUAGUCCACUCGUAUCGAUGUUUGCCCUAAUCGAUUUUACAUGUAACAUAAAACUUGCCAUGCAAAAGACAAUGUUGAUGCUUUUAAUAUUGAAUAGUUUUUACUAGAAAUAAUUAUUUUUAAUUCAGACUCUACAUGUUACAACAAUCAACGUUUUAUUCUAUUGAAACAAUUUAUAAGGCUUUUUUUAAAAGAGACUAAAUUAAAAAUAGUUAUGAAACCAAAAUGUCCAAAAUCCACUAAAAUAGUCCUUAACGGGUGAUGCCAAACAAUAUAACCCGGAUCAUUAAAGAAGCAGCUUCCCAUGUAUCUAGAUGUAAAGAGAUCGCUUUUGCUCCAAGGACUUCUCUAUUGAGUCGGGUUAUAUAAGCCCUCCUAGUACCCGUCCAGUCAAAAGGAACGUUGUAGAAUAGACUCUAUGUCCAGCUGUGAGAGUAGAUUUUUUAAUGCCCUGCUUCCUUUUGGCUUGUUCGGAUUAUUUCAAUCUUUCCUUAGGACCAAAUUACGUGGAAACUUGCCAUUGUCAAUUUGAUGGGAAUUUUUAUUUACUUUUGUCACUUGGAUGUACAAAUAAACAUAUUUGUUUUUAUUAUUAUUAAGUACUCCACACACCUUAUCUCCUGGUACAUCAUAUUUAUAAAAUAUUAAAUAAUGAACUUUAUUAUUCAAAUAAUAACGAUCAUAAUAUGAAAUCCAAGUUAUUCCUCAAUAGAAUUUGUUACCAAUAUAUAGAAUAAAUUAUAUAAUCUCAUUUAUAAAUAUACAGCUGAACAAAAUAAUGAAAUAAUGUACAAAAUGCGUUUACCUUUAGUAUUACCUCAUAAUUUUGUAUAUUUGAAUUAAUUGCAAUUUAUUAGUAUUGUAGUGUAAUAAAUUUAUUAUAUUUUAAUUGUGUUUUUUAGUAAAUUAUCGACAACCUUUUAGAUUUAGUAUGUAAGAAGUUUCCCCUCUCCACUAUGUAUUGUAGACUUUUCCAAUAAAUAUUCAACUCUAUUUCAAUACACUAAUAAUGCAUAUUAGAACAGCAAAAGUAUACAAACUAUAAGUAACCAUUUUUCACGAACAAAUAUUUUAUAUGGAGUCAAAUAUCUCACACUUAAAGUUUGUACAAACAUAUUAUAUCUCAUUUCCACGUAUAUAUUGAUUUUAUACACAUUAUAUACGUGUAUAUAGAAUUAAAAGGAACGUAAUCUCACUUAUAUACAGACAAAUAGUAUAUAAUAUGUUAGAACAAUUGUAACAAGAAUCACCUCGUAAGGUAUACGUAAUAUGUUUAAUGGUCGAAAUUCAGUGGAAACUACGGUAUUUUUGUUCACCAGGUGGCGCCAGUGCGCCUCUUCUUUUUCAUCCAAUAGAGAAUUAGCUAAUGUCCCACUAUUGGACGUUCAAUAUUUGACAGCUGUAGUGAUUGGACAAAAAAUCCUAUUGCUGCGUAGCGCCAUCUAGUGACCAAAAUACGGUAGCUCCUUGCUUAGAGAUUGAGUUUUGUUAUUAAUUCUACUAGAUCUCUAUCAGAAACUGAGAUUAGUCCAGACAUUUUGGGUUAAUAUUAACGUCUAUUAGAUAAAUUUUGCCCAAAAACUAUGUAAGUAUAAAUAUAAUUUGUUUUCAAAGGUUGUCGGUAAUAAUAAUAAGUGUAGUCUAGUAUUAGCACUGCCCAGUUGUUGAAAGUCCUUAGUUUUCAUAUAAAUCAAUUAUUGUUUUAUUGUAUUUUUAUAUAUUUUUGCUUGAUCAGUUUUGCUAUGGAAAUUAUACAAGACUUAAGUCUGUACGGAGAUGUGGUUGACAGAAUUAGUUGAAUUUGUGCAAUAUAAUACCAUAAUGGCAUCCUACUGACACAUGGUUAUAUUAUAUCGAUUAUUAUAGCAGACUAAGAAUAAUUUAUGUCGCAAAACUGAUCAAGCAAUACAAAUCUCAUUUUAAAAUUGUUAUCGAAUGUACUUAAUUAAAUUUAAUUCUGUUGAUUUUAUUAUUUUUUCUUAUUAUUGAAAUAAAAUGAAAUUCAGUGAU